CGCCGAGCAAUCCACACCCCUACCGCCCCCACCCCACCCCCCUUCCUCUCCCAAGCCAUCGUCGCCAACAACACCGUCCACUGCUCCGGCCAAAUCGGCGUCGACCCCGCCACCGGGGAGAUCGUGCAGGGCUCGGUGCAGGCGCGCGCUAAACAAAUCCUCCGCAACCUCGGCGCCGUCCUCGAGGCGGCGGGCUCCAGCCUCGACGACGUGGUCAAGGUGAAUAUCUUCCUCACGGAUAUGGGGGAUUUCGGGGCGGUGAACGAGGUUUAUGUGGGGGUUUUUGGGGGGGAGGGGAGGGUUAAGCCUGCGCGGACGUGCGUGGCGGUGAAGUCGUUGCCGAUGGGGACGGAUGUCGAGAUUGAGUGUUCGGCUGUGCUG